GAUAUCAUCAGUUAAUGUAAGUGAUAAUAAACCAGACAUACACUACGGUGUGAAUGACGAGUAAGGUUGAUGUGAAUGCCACGUUGGAAUAAUCAGAACGUUUGAUAGUUUAGCGACCAAGAAUUGAAAGAUUGAGUGAACCAACCACCAUGAUCAUAUUGAAGAAAGGUUCAUACUGAAAUGGAAGAAUGGUGUAGCACAAGCAUCCAACACAACACCGUCAUAGUUCCUAGUACCCAUACUAACUCUUUAGAUGUCUAGAUUAAACGAAUAUCAAGUCAUCGGUCGUCGUCUUCCAACUGACUCUGUUCCAGAGCCAAAGUUGUACAGAAUGAGAAUCUUUGCUCCAAACACCGUUGUUGCCAAGUCCCGUUACUGGUACUUCUUACAAAAGUUGCACAAGGUCAAGAAGGCCUCUGGUGAAGUUGUCUCCGUUAACAUCAUCCACGAAGCCCGUCCAACCAAGGUCAAGACCUUCGGUAUCUGGAUCAGAUACGACUCCAGAUCUGGUAUCCACAACAUGUACAAGGAAUACAGAGAUGUUACCAGAGUCGGUGCUGUUGAAACCAUGUACCAAGAUUUAGCUGCCAGACACAGAGCUAGAUUUAGAUCUAUCCACAUCUUGAAGGUUGUCGAAUUGGAAAAGACCGACGACGUCAAGAGACAAUACGUCAAGCAAUUCUUGACCAAAGACUUGAAAUUCCCAUUGCCUCACAGAGUCCAAAAGUCCAAGAAGUUGUUCACUGCUCAACAACCAACCACCUUCUACUAAGCGUUUUCCCUAGAAUCCUUCGCGGGUUAGCGUUCAUUGUGUAAAUUUGAAUACAUUGAUUUAUAUAUAUAUAAAUGAAUUAUUAAUAACCAAAAGU